CUGUGGUAUCUGGACGGCACAACGCGCAAGGGGAAGUUUGUCUCGUGUCGGCUUCUGUACUUACACUUCCAACCAGGAAGUCGCUACAAUUUCAUUCAUUCUCUACAGUUUGUGUAAUUUUUACACUUUCUUUCAAAAUGCGUAAAAGAACCGAGGCUCAAACAUCCAACAAUGAACCGGUCAAUGCUGAUAGAAAGGAUCCCGUUCAGAGACUGCCCAGCCAGGCUAAAGCUGAAGGCAGGGUGUCUUACCGCUCUGUGCUGACGACCAUUGGAAAGUGUUUACUGGUGAUCAUCUUCAUCCCUCCGUUCCUCAACUAUGCAUCUCUGCAGAGGGAAGGACAGGUGCUCCUGCCUAAAGAUGGCCAGAUGGUUGAUGUUGGUUUGGGUCAAAAUAUGCAUCUGUUGUGUAAAGGAAAAGGACAACCAGUUGUUGUACUUGAUGCACCAACAGGAAUGUCCUCAGACGUUUGGUUGCAUGUCCAGGAAAGUGUGGCCUCACUAACAAUGGUCUGUACCUAUGACAGAAUGGGACUGGGCUUCAGCAAGCGGCAGAUGCAGAAUGAAACGACAGGAACUGAAAAAGUUUGGGGGUUGUCAACAACGGGGCGGAUGGUGGAUGAUCUGCACCGACUCCUGCAGGCUGCUGGGAUCGCCAAGCCCUUCAUCCUGGUGGGCUCCGAGCUGGGAGCGCUCAAUGGAAGGUUCUUCACCCACAUUCAUGAUGUGCAAGUGUCAGACCUGGUGCUGAUUGAUCCCAUCCCAGAGGACGUUUUUGAGGACGACCAAUGGAAAGAGUACUGGUGGGGUAAGCUGGUGCCCUCUCUCCAGGUCCGGCAGUUCUCAGCAGCUACAGGGCUGAGCCGCCUGCUGAUUAUUCUGGGGGUGAUGGAACCGGCGGUUACCGGAGAGAACGUCUCAGAGGAGGUCAUCCAGCGCCAGAAAUACCUAAUGAGCAACCCUGCCCACCAGAGCAGUGCUGUGGAUGAGCAUUACUUUUUAAAUGAAAGUGCAGCUCAAGUCAGGGACAUCACCAAGUUUAAGCCCCUCUCCAGCAGGACAGCAGUGAGUGUGAUCACUGGGGAUUCUUUUGACCAGGAAAUACCAGAACAUCUGAACCAGAUGGUAGCCAGGCUUCAAAAGAAGUUUCUGGAGGAGUCUUACCCAUCAGCCAAUCACAUUCACAUAAAAGGAGCAGACCGGCGAAUGAUCUACAAGAAGCCAUCUGCCAUCAGCCAGCACCUGAGGAAGCUAGUCCACCAACGACAAGCCAAACAGCAGAGCGAGUGACCCGUGGCCAACAUGUAACAAUCCCCCCCGACACACACAGGGUAGUAGUCUAGCUGCCAGCUCAUAGUCCUAUUGUGAACCCGGUUGUGUUGAGUACACCAACGUUUUAUGAUAGAAAUGUAUAGUAUUGGUCCCCAGCACAUAGAAACUGCCAGAUGCUAACUUGCAUAUGUUGGGCAAUUUGCACAAUAAGCAUAAGUUGCAUGGACAAUAGUUUAAAAAUGGCUUGGAAAAUGUUGGAGUGGUUUUGGGGGUUAUGAGGAUGCCGAGUCCAUUUCUGACUUUUUCAGGAUCAAAAAUGGCCAAUAUUUGUACUCUCUGUGGGCGGAUUUCUAUACAUUUUCGGUCGAUUUGGAGGAUUCAGGGGACUAUGGAUCCUUUGAAUUGGACAGAUUGCCUAUUUAUUCCAAAAAUAAUUGUCCACAGUAGAUUUAAUAAUUUUCACCUUGUGCUGUCUAUCUCCAAUGAUUGCAACACUACUCAUGGUAGUCAGACUUAGCCAACCAAGAGUACAAAUAUUGCCACUUUCUGGUUAAAACUGCAAUUUUUUAUCGUGCAAAUGUCAGAAAUGGAUUCAGAAACCUCAAUAACCCUAAAAACCACUCCAAAAUUGUCAAAACCUGCCUAGACUAUUUACUAUUCUAUACGUAUGUUAUAAUGCCAUUCAUUUUAAUUAACGCUUCUAAUGCUAAUUAUUAACAUUGCCCAACCAAUGAAAGUUAGCAUCCGGCAGUUUUUUUAUGUACCCAUAGUAUACAUUUCUAUCAUAAAACUUUGAGGUACUCAACCUUUCCGGGUUCACUAUGCAGGCAACUAGAGUAUAACCAUUGAAUAUGUUUUAAAUAUUCAAUCAAAUAUUUUUUCCUUCAGCAAUCUGUAGAGACUGUGUACUUGUUAGGUUCAUCAAGAGGUCCACGUAUCUUUUUGUGCAGCUCUGCUUCAUUAGAAUUGAGAAUAACUGGAGGGUUUUUCAGCGUGAUGAAAUAUUUGCUGUCUUAGAUUCAGAAAAUCUUAUCCUUCAAGUUGUUAUUUCAGCCUCUUUACCCGAUUGGCCUGAGACAAAAAUUAAUACAUUACCCCUUAUCAAUGUAAAGGCCACACACGUCAAUGCUCACCCUGAUACUUUUUUAUCUAUUUCAUUCGGCCUUAAUAUUCUGCCUUGUUAUGGCCUUAGGCGAAGAUGAAUUGAGUUCCUCUCUCUCUGUGUCAUUUGUUACUUAUUGAGUUACAUCACAACCACAUAUGGACCUCUGUCUUUGGACUUGAUUACUUUUUUUUAAUUUUCGAGCAGAUGAGUCUGGCCUGCAAAGAUAAUUUGAGAUUUUUUUGUAAAUCGGUCGUUUAUUUUGCAUCUAAUGUUAGGUGUGCUGGACUUAUUUUUGUGAACUGUUUCAUUGGGUAAACAUUAAUAUAAUGCAUUUGUUCCACUCAUGGUACAUCAUUCAUACAACACUUUUUACACCAUGAUGGAAAGGAGCAGGGAGGAAAAACUUUGAUUUUACCUGCACCUUAUUCAAGAUGAGCUUGUUUGUCGUCACAGCUGGCAGUUACUUAAACUUUGAGAGUAACAGAAAAAAACAAGCAGUCAUCACAAAAAUCUACCAGAAGCAAAACACAUUACGUAACAUCUUCAUACUGUCUGAUUAUUAUUUUGUAUGCAUUUUCUUAAAUCUAAAGAUGUCUGCACAGACACAUAUUUUAAGGUAGUUAGUGCAAACGGAUGCCUAAAAUGAAAUGUUCUUCGAUGUAGCAUGUCCUCAGAAUUUUUAGACAAACAAUCUUUGGAAAUGUUGUGAUUUUUUAUUUUUCUUUGUACACAACUAAUAGACUCUGAAAUGCUAUUAAAUCCUUAAGUUUUCACA